UUGUGCAAAGGAAGCUUGACCACUGUAUUCAUUCACAGGAUGUCAAUUUUUGUAGUACGAUGCCUGUUAGUCGCCACUUCAUUGACGCUGACAACGUGCAGUGAGAAUGGGCUUUCUAAAUGGGUUUUCCCCAAACAAACUCGUGCUGAGUCAGCUUGUCCUGCAAAUGAAUAUGCUGCCAAAGUCAUGACUGAAGCCGACACUCCUGUUGCUUCGAUGUGCCGAGCCUCGUGUCAAGCUGGCGAAACAGAAAUAUGUGACUACGAUAUUGGUGUCUUACCAUGUGGUACCUCAACCGACAGAUUGGGCUGCAAGUCGUGUGCUGUUAAUGACGAUUUGGAAAUCAAGCAAAAAUUGGGUUUUAAUAUAUGUAAAUGGUUUUGUCACACCGAAUGUGAAAAAUAUGGAGGGACAUGUAGAUUGUUGAAAUGUGGCGAAAAGGAGCGCUUAGGAAAUUGGGCAACCUGUCCACUACCAUGGCUAUGCAAAUGUUGCAAACCAAUAAAACCACCCCCAGCAACACCAAUUCCUAAUGGACACGGCGACCCACAAUUCCGUACAUUCGACGGCUUUCAUUUCAUGUAUAAUGGUCACAGUGAUUGCGAGUACGUAUUCUUUCAAGAGUGUGUGCCUCGUCCAUCAUUCACUGUUUUGACCCGACAUCAUUAUUUGAAGGAAGCAAUGAAAAUGGUGGUCACUGAAGUUUCGAUUGUUCUUAAUGGGAACCGUGUUACCUUGAUUGAAGACAGGCUUUACAUAAAUGGCAAAAUCCAUAAUCUACUGACUCCACUGAUACUCGGAAAUCUUACAGUGACACGAGAUAAUGCAGGAUACGUAAGAGCAAAACUGGAUUCAACAUUUACAUUGACAUGGAACGGCAAAGGACGCGUUGCUCCUGUUCUAAACCAAGCCAUGUUCGGAAAAGUGUGUGGCUUGAUGGGAAACGCUGACGGGAACCCAUCUAAUGAUAUGCAGAUACCGAUGCCUGAUGGGAAACUGAAAUUAGUCACUGAGUCUGAUGAAUUUGGGAACAAGUGGAUUGUUCCAGGAAGUUGCAGUAUAUAAUCCGAGGACGUUGAUGUUGAUGUUGAGAAAAUCUACAAUGACAUAUUCAACAAUGGUGACGGGUAUUUUGUUUAAAUUAGGUGUAAUACACGUCAUAUAUACAGUGUACAUUUAGUGCUAAUAAAAUGCGGUUACAGGGAAA